AUGUUAUCGGCUGCCAUCACUCCUCCCUAACCCCCGGUCAUGGCGAUUCUCCUCUCCUCCGCCCUCCUUGCUCCCACCCCGCCUCCUCGACUCAAAAGAUCUCCGAUCAAUUCCCACUCCUCCCCCUCCGGCGAUAAGCUCGGCUUCCCCAGCGAUCGAUUCGCGGUUCCAGAAGGCCCCUUCUCCCCCUCUUCGGCUUCUCGGAAGCUCUCCUCUUACUUGGCCUCCACCUCCUGUUCCUCCCCUUCUUAUUCUAGGGUUGCGGGCCGGAUCGGGUCCGUGAGGUGCGAGGCUAUCGGAGAAGGAUCGCAGCCGUCUUUCGAUGAUCGGACAGUCUAUCAAGGAAUAUACGGCCCGUGGACUGUUGAUCCAUCAGACGUUCGCGAGGUGGUCUUAUAUAGAUCUGGAUUAGUGACAGCAGCUUUGUCAUUUGUAAUUGCUGCUUCUGCAGCUUUUCUUCCUGAAGGCAAUAUAUUGGGGGAUGUUAUCAAGCAGGAUAUUGACUUCUUGUAUAUUAUUGGAGCUGGAGGUUUAGGUUUAUCAUUAUUACUGAUUCACAUAUACGUCACUCCUAUUAAACGCCUCCUCCAAGCUUUAUGGGCAAUUGGUGUUUUUGGAUCUGUUGGAACCUAUCUAACUCUUGCCCAACCUCUUGAUGAGAGCUUGGUAAGAUAUGUCAUAGACAACCCAGCCGCCCUGUGGUACGUUGGGCCUCUCUUUGCAGCAUUGACUGGUCUUGUCUUUAAAGAAGGACUCUGCUAUGGAAAGUUAGAAGCUGGUAUCCUGACAUUCAUCAUCCCUGGACUUCUUCUUGGUCAUCUGACUGGUUUAAUGGAAAACGGGGCAAAAUUAAGUCUGUUGGGUUUGUGGAUGGCUCUCUUUGUGGUAUUUGCAGCAAGGAAGUUUCAGCAGCCCAUUAAGGAUGAUAUUGGUGAUAAAUCUGUUUUCAUGUUCAAUGCUCUACCUGAGGAGGAAAAGAAGGCUUUGCUUCAGAAGCUUGAGCAAUGACAAGAUCAGAAGCUUGAUUAAUAUGUAAUUGCAGAAACAGAAGCUCACAUGUAAUCCAAAGCGAGGGUAUAUGAAACAAGUAUUCUGGGGGCCUUGGACUGCAUAGUAGAUUACUUACUGCAAUGCCUACUGUUGUGCUUAAUCCAUCAAUGGCACCUUCAGAGAGUAUCAAUUGCUACUCCAAGGAAGAUGUUCUGCAUUUCUAAUUUACCCAUUGCGUACACAUCACUAGCAAUUAGAAGACCAAAGUGACAUCUUCAGAGAGGCUUGUAGCAGUAUGAUAUUUGAUUUUCAUGUUCUGUACACAAUAAAUUACAACGUCUAUCCAAAUUAAAUAUCAGUACUGGUGCUAGAUAAAACUAUCAUGUCCCGAACAAAUUGCCAUAGUGAAGGUGGAAAACCCUCUUGCAUCA